AUGCCCGAUUCUCCGCCCUCCGCGACACCUUCCUUGCCCGAGAUCCGCACCCCUUCCCCGCGCCGCCCAAGCUUGGCUGGCCGAGCUCAGGUCCCUCCACCCAUCUUCAUUCGCAAGGCGACAGAGCCAAACGUCAAGAAACUCGACACUCAUGACUCUGGCGUAGAAAUCGCCAUUGAGGCCUCAGAGGCCAGCGACGGCGUCGCCGAGCUGACCGAAGUGGUGCGAUCGCCUAGCAGAGCCUUCAUGCUCAACGUUGACCGCCCGCCGUCUAUCCACGAAGCUCCCGGCUCGCCAGGCCGACCGGUCAGCCCCGCCUGGCCCAGCAUGGAGGUUCCCGAGUCGCCGUACGCCUCUCCUGUCCGCCCCGCUGACCGGCCGCUGAGCUGGCGCAACUCGUUGGAGCGCCCGCAGAGCUGGCGCAACUCGCUCGAGGUGCCUGUGAUGGGAUCGCCGGCUUCCUCGUUUGAUCAACGGGGCAGUCACCACCACUCGCGCAACCUUAGUGCCUAUUACCCUCAUCCCGGCAUGCCUGCGCGGCCGUCCAGCCCCACGCCCGAGGCAGGGGACAGCAUGAUUCCAGACGAGAGCGCACACUACGGCUCUGCCGCCGACCACAGGGUCGGCGAGGAGCCCAUCCCGCGGGGCAAGCGGCGAGGACAUCACACAAAUCCUGCCCUGAACGAGCCGCCGGCAGCCGAGUCCAAGCCCCGACCAAUGUCGAUGACAUUCAACUCGACGCCGACGACCCUCGCGCCAGUGCCAAAGAAGAAGCGAGACCCCCACGACCAGCUGCUGCUGAGCUUUGCAAUAGUCGAGGCCGUCCUUGGAGCUGGCAUCUGGAUUGAGGGCCAGAUCAGUGGCUGGAGGGCGCUCAGUGCCAUGGGCUACCUCGUCGUCUUUGACGCUCUGGGCGUCGCCAUCAACAUGUUUACGAGGGCCGAGAACAUCGAGUGGAACAGCCUCAGGCGACCCUAUGGCCAGAGCGUCUUCCUCGUUUUCUCUGCCACGUACAUUGCCAAAGAGGCUCUCGAGCAGGCAGUGCUCGGCGGCCACGACCACGGUCACUCGCAUGGCGUCGUCGACCACUCCGAGCCGCGCAACUACCCGUACCUUUUCCUGUUCUUCGCUUCGCUGGCGAGCCUGUUCUCGGGCGUCGCGCUGCGCAACCACUCCAAGCUCGCCGACGCCACUGGACCCCUCUACCUGCCCGCGUGGUAUCUCUCGAUCCCUUUCGUCGAAGCCAACGAGUUCUUGUGCAACCCAUACACGCUCGCCGUCGCCGGCACCGCCGCCAUUCUCCUCUUGGGCGGCCUCGUGACACCACUUCUGAUUCUGACUGUUCUCACUGCGUCAUUGGCAUACCCGCCGACGGUUGCCUACGCCCACGUGCUAUUGCAGACUGCGCCGCCGAGCUCGUCGCCCCAGAUGAAGGCUUUGCGCAGCGCUCUGCAGGACGUGGCGGCCGACAAGCGUGUCCUCGGACUUGGCACGCUGCGAGUCUGGGCGAUCAAUGCGGGCAAGACGCAGCCGGAGGAAGGACCCUUCGUUCCGUCUGCUCCGCCGAGCCGGCGCGUUUCAAUCAGCACGCCAUCCCCGUCAACGGCGGCGUUCACCGACAUCAAGGUGGAUCUCGACGCUGACAAGUCGGCCCAGCACGUGCCACUCGUCGUGACUCUGGUGGUGCACGUCCACCCUGAGAGCUCGGACCGGGACAUCUUUGACGUGACGCGGCUCGCGUGGAACGACAUCAACGGCGCCGUUAACACUAAUAGGGAUAGUGAGGUGACCGUCGACGUGCGGCGCGGGUGGGACGACCCCCACACCGCCGCGCCGCCGACUCCAACGCCCGACCUCCCCGCCCUUCGCGUCCUGCCCCUCGAGCCCACUCCUCCCAGUCCGCAUAGUCUGCUCUCGCGAUAUAUAACCUCCCACCUACUACGCCCGCCCCCUUCCCUCCACCUUUUGCGUCUAUCCAGACUCAAUCAUGCCGCCAAGCGCCGUCUCAUUCGCGACUUCAAGCGUCUUGCCACCGAGGCGCCCGAGGGCAUCUCCGGCUCACCGUGCCACGACAACAUCAUGGUGUGGAACGCUGUCAUUUUCGGACCUCCCGACACGCCGUUUGAGGACGGAUCGUUCCGCCUGACGCUCACGUUUACCGACUCGUACCCGAACAAGCCGCCGACGGUGCGGUUUGUGUCGCGCAUGUUCCACCCAAACAUCUACAACAAUGGCGAGCUGUGUCUUGACAUUUUGCAGAACAGAUGGUCACCGACGUACGACGUGGCGGCGAUCCUGACGAGUGUGCAAUCGCUCUUGAACGACCCGAACCCGUCGAGUCCGGCGAAUGUGGAGGCGGCGACGCUCUUCAAGGACAACAAGCAAGAGUAUGAGCGCCGCGUCAAGGUUACAGUGGAGCAGAGCUGGGUCGACGACGAGGAGCUGCAGGCGCAAGCGGCAGGGGCCGCGGCGCACGACGACGUCGCCCCGACCGCCCAGGCCGCCGCCUAG